UUGGCUGCAAAGAAGGCUGAAAUUAACAUGGAGGAGGCAAUAGCUUCACAAAAGCAAGAACUUAAAAGACUAGAAAAUCAGAGAGAUCUAAAUGUGCUGGCAGCCAAGCUUAAGGUGUACUCUGAAGCUGACUCUGGUGAGGCUUAUGACAAAAAUGAAGCAGAGUGUAGUAAGAUGACUAGUUGUCCUCCUGCACCUAUUAAGAAAAUUAAAAAGGAACAAACAUGCCAGAACAAAAUUGACGAGCAAACUAAUGUCAAUUCCUCUGAAGCCUCAUUAGUUCAAGCACUGCAUGACACAAUGGUUCUUACCAGACUUCCUGCUCCAGAACCUCAAGUCUUCUCAGGAGAUCCACUUAAGUUCUUAGAGUGGAGCACAAGUUUCAAGACACUGAUAGAACGUCACUGCACAAAUCCAGCAGAAAGGUUGUUCUAUCUCCAGAGAUAUAUCAGUGGAGAGGCCCAAUCUGUAGUUGAAGGAAGCUUCUUCAGGAAAGAUGAUGAAGCUUACAGCCAAGCAUGGGAAGCACUGAAUGCCCGGUAUGGACACCCUUUCGUAAUCCAACGUGCCUUUAGAGAAAAACUGAACAACUGGCCAAGGGUUGGUUCAAGAGAGUCAGGCAAGCUAAGACAAUUCAGUGAUUUUCUGAUAGCCUGUAGCAAUGCCAUGCCACACAUCAAAGGGCUUCAGGUGUUAAAUGACUGUGAGGAGAAUCAAAAGAUGCUUCAAAAACUCCCUGACUGGUUGACCUCUCGCUGGAAUCGACAUGUUACAAAACAGCUGCGAGAAACAGAAGAAUACCCCAAUUUUAAGAAGUUUGCUGACUUUGUGGCAAAAGAAGCAGACAUUGCAUGCAAUCCUGUGACAUCCUGUCAAGCCUUGAAGUCUACUGAAGAAAAGCCAUCAAGAGAUGCAAAGCGACCAAAGGCCAAUGUGUACGUUACAAAUGUGAGAGCAUCAGAUAAAACAUUGUCAUCAGCAAAAACACACAGUGCUGUAGAGAAUAGCUUUAAAAAUCAAAGUGAACCAAAGAAAGUGAGUACUUCAUUCUUAUCUACAAACCCUGUCCCCUGCAUGUUUUGUGAAGAAAGUCACUCUAUCCACAAAUGCCACAAGUUCUCCAGUAAGCCUGUAGAGGAAAAGAAAAGGUUUAUAAUGGACAACAACUUGUGUUUUGGCUGUCUUAGAAGAGGACACAAUUCAAAGAACUGUAAGAACAAGGCUACUUGUAGCAUAUGUAAGAAACCUCAUCCCACACCACUUCAUGUGGACCGACCUGCUGCAGACACAUCCUCUCACGUCUUACAAGCAGAAGAAAACACAUCCUCCCUGUCCUGCUGUGUGGACAGAGGCGAGGGUGGGAGUACGUCUAUGAUAGUGCCUGUGUGGGUUUCUUUAGCCACCACCUCUGAAACAGAGACAUUAGUGUAUGCACUGUUAGAUACACAAAGUAGCAACACCUUUGUAGAUCAACAGAUAUGUAAGAAGCUGGGAGCAGGUUUAGAGCCAGUUAAGCUAAAGCUCACUACUAUGAUGGGAAGAGAUUCUGUUGUACAGAGUGAGAGAGUUAGUGGGCUUAGAGUUAGAGGGUUUUCCUCACAAUGUUUUGUCAACCUGCCACCUGCUUAUACCAGAGACUUCAUCCCCCUUGAACGUUCUCAUAUUCCCACCACCGAAACGGCUAAAGAAUGGAAACAUCUCAAGCGAAUAGCUCCUGAAAUACCAGAAUUGAUGGAAUGUGACGUUGGCCUACUCAUAGGCUAUGACUGCCCAAGAGCCUUGGCUCCACGUCAGUUUAUAACAGGAGGUGAUGAUGAGCCUUAUGGCAUUAAAACUGACCUCGGUUGGAGCAUUGUUGGAAGCUCAGCAGGUGUAGCAAGGUCAACUGAAGUAACAGGUUUGUGUCAUCGUGUGUCAGUCAAGGAAUGUCCAACCUUGACACCAGCUACUGUCAUCAGAGCACUCGAAGCUGAUUUCAAAGAUGCCAACUGUGGGGAAAAGAGCAUCUCACAAGAUGACAUUCUGUUUAUGCAGUUUCUUAAUGAAAAGAUACACCAGAAUGCUGAUGGGCACCUGGAAAUGCCACUCCCCUUUAAGGCUCGUCCACAGUUGCCAGAAAACAAGCGGCUGGCUCUGGUGAGGCUGAAGCAACUGCAAAGAAAAUUUGAGAGAAAUCACAAAUUCAAGCAUGACUACAUUAAGUUUAUGGAAGGAGUCUUCAGGGAUGGAGAUGCAGAGAGGGCUGAGAACCAACCCAUGCCAGGAAAUGUGUGGUAUAUUCCCCACCAGGGUGUGUAUCACCCCAGGAAGCCAGAGAAAAUCAGGGUUGUUUUUGACUGCUCCGCCAAGUAUGAGGGCACAGCUCUAAAUGAUCACUUGCUUGCCGGACCUGACCUCACAAACGGACUGACAGGAGUGCUCUGCAGGUUCCGCAAUCACCCAAUUGCAGUGAUAUGUGACGUGGAAAAAAUGUUUCACAGAUUUCAUGUAAACCCAGAGGAUAGAGACUACUUACGUUUCCUGUGGUGGGAAAAUGGCGACGCAACAUCUGAGCCAGUCGAGUAUCGCAUGCGGGUCCAUCUCUUUGGAGCAACAUCUUCUCCUGGUUGUGCAAAUUAUGGAAUGAAGUAUCUCGCAAUAAAAAAUGAAAAGGACUAUCCCGCAGCAGCUGACUUUAUCAGAAAGAAUUUUUAUGUGGAUGAUGGCCUUGUCAGUGUAGAGUCCGUGGGCACAGCCAUCAAACUGGUCAGAGAAGCACAAAAUGUGUGUGCAAAGGGGAGAUUACACCUGCACAAGUUCAUCUCAAACAACAGACAAGUUUUGGAAUCUAUUCCUGACAGUGAACGUGCUAUUGGAGUUCAUGAUGUGGAUCUCAGUCACGCUGAACUUCCAGUUCAGACUGUGUUGGGAGUAAAAUGGAGUGUGGAUAGUGACACCUUCUCCUUUAAGGUCGACCUGGAGGUGAAGCCUGCAACACGGCGGGGAAUUCUCUCCACGGUUGCCUCAGUGUUUGACCCGCUAGGUUUCCUAGCUCCUUUCCUGCUACUGGGAAAGAAAAUACUACAAGAAAUGUGCCAAAAGGGCAUAGGAUGGGAUGAACAACUACCCACAGAAUUAAAACCACGAUGGCAGAGCUGGUUAAAUGACCUAGAAAAUCUGCAGAAACUCCAGAUCCCAAGAUGCUUCACUCCUGAAAACCUUGGGAAGGUACAGAGGAUGGAACUGCAUCACUUUUCUGAUGCCAGUAGCCAUGGAUAUGGCCAGUGUUCCUACAUUAGAGUAGUGACAGAGGAUAAAGUGCAUUGUUCCUUAGUCAUAGGUAAGGCGAGGGUCGCACCUACAAAGGUUGUCACCAUACCCAGACUAGAGUUGACAGCUGCAGUGGUCUCUUCAGCAGUCAGUAGUGUAUUGAAGGAGGAGCUGGAGCUCAAAAUCGACCAAGAGUACUUCUGGACAGAUUCUCAGGUAGUUUUGGGCUACAUCAACAAUGACGCUCGAAGGUUUCACGUCUUUGUUGCAAACAGAGUGCAAAGAAUCAAAGAAACGACAGACCCAACACAGUGGAACUAUGUCGACAGUGACCAAAACCCAGCGGAUCACGCUUCCAGAGGCCUGAAGGUGUCAGAGUUGAUGAAUUCAACCUGGUUUACAGGACCAAAAUUCCUGUGGGAAAGAGAGAUUGUGACACAAAAACUUACUCCACAGCUUAUGAUUGGAGAUCCAGAAGUAAAAACAACACACAUACUACAAGUAAAAGUAGUUGAAGAGGACAGUUUUUUGCAGAGAUUUGAGCGGUUCUCAAAAUGGCAUACAGCACUGAAUGUUGUUGCUCGAAUUCAGAAAUUAGCAAAGGGGACCAAAAUGACAGAGCCUGUAAAUGUCGAGGACAGAAGAAAAGCUAGUCUUGUACUUGUGAAGUUAGCACAGAAAGGUGCAUUCAAAGAGGAAGUGCAAAUGUUAAGUCACGGUAAUCUGCCACGCAGCCAUCAGCUGUUUCAGCUUGACCCUGUAGUGCAGGAUGGGAUCCUCAGGGUGGGUGGGAGAUUGAAGAAGGCCUCCUUACCUCUGGAUGAGAAGCAUCCUGUUAUCUUACCAAGAGACAGUGUGGUCACUCGUCUGAUAUUAGGCUACUGUCAUGAUAAAACUCAUCACCAAGGUAGAGGACAGACUCUCAAUGAGCUCAGAGCAAAUGGUUACUGGAUAGUUAGUGGCAGUAAAGUUGUAGCAAACUACAUCAAACAAUGUGUCACAUGCAGGAGAGCUCGAAGACCAACAGAAACGCAAAAAAUGGCUGACCUACCUGCUGACCGCGUGGAUCCCUCACCACCAUUCUCCUUCUGUGGGAUGGAUUGUUUUGGGCCUUUUAUGACCAAGCAAGGUCGUAAAGAGACUAAGAGGUACGGUCUCAUAUUCACCUGUCUAUCAUCCAGGGCAAUCCAUAUUGAAAUGCUGGAAGACUUAACAACGGAUGCCUUCCCUUCAUAAACGCAUUGCGGUGCUUCAUAGCCAUUCGUGGAGCUGUGAGACAGCUUAGGUCAGAUCAAGGGACAAAUUUUGUUGGAGCUAAAAAUGAGCUCACAAAAUCUUUGAAAGAAGUCGACACAGACAGGUUAAAGGUUUACCUGGCAGAGAAACAAUGUGAUUUUAUUAUGAAUGUUCCUGAUGCCAGUCACAUGGGUGGAGUUUGGGAGCGGCAGAUCAGAACAGUUAGGAGCGUCCUUAGCUGGGUUCUCUCUAAGAGUGCAGGAAGAUUAGAUGAUGCUUCUCUAAGAACAUUUUUCUAUGAAGCCAUGUCAGUCGUAAACAGCCGCCCACUCACCACUGACAGUAUCAGUGAUCCCAAAAGUUUAGAGCCACUCACGCCUAACCAUUUGCUUACCAUGAAAAGUUCUGUCCCACUGCCUCCUCCAGGAGAAUUUGUAGCAGAGGAUGUAUAUGUUAGGAAAAGGUGGCGCAGAGUCCAGUAUCUGGCGGAACAAUUUUGGAGUAGAUGGAGGAAAGAGUACCUAGCAAACAUCACCCUCAGACAAUGCUGGCAUUCUUCAAAGAGAAAUGUGAAGGUUGGAGAUAUUGUCAUUGUGAAAGAGAAGGAAAUUCCCCGUAAUGAGUGGAGGCUUGGAAGGGUACUAGAUGUUUGUAAAGAUGAGGAUGGACUAGUACGAAAGGCUACUGUACAAAUGGGAAGUCGAAAAUGUGGGGACAAGAGUCAACAAAACACUACUUCAUCCAUACUUGAACGUCCUAUUCAUAAAUUAGUUGUGCUUGUAGAAAACAAGUAAAGUAUGUUCCACAGGAACCAAAAAUCAAACCACUUCCCAAAUACCAGAUGUUUAAUUGAUGAAAUUACUGGAUUUAUUCAAUGUUUGUGUAAAGGUUUCAUAAAUUACAGUAAUUUGGUGGGAGUGUAACUGUCCAGGGGACAGUAAUUUAAUUGUGGUCUCAUUUAUUGUUUUGUUAUUGUUUUUAUAAAUAAUACGUAAAAUUAUAAAAAUUGAUUUAAAGGUAAAAUAAAUAAGGUUUAUAUGUUUAAUGUUAAAAAUGCAACACUGUUUUUAAAUGUUUUUGAUAGAUAUAAAUAAGUCACAUGACCACGGUUUAGUUCAGGGUUCAAUGUGAAGGAUUGUGGGAAAUGCAACAUGGCGGCAGAGUCAUACACCAUUACAACGUGCUACAGAGAAGAAGACAAACUAACAAGCGAACUAUUCCGAUGGUCUGAGAGGCGCACACGUUUUCACGGUGUCUGCUGACUGGAGAGGGAUAAUAAAAAGUUAAAAGACAUCUGUAUGAUUCGUGGCCUUCAUAAACAUCAGACCUGAGUAGUUACAACAUUUAAAUUAAUAGGUACCACUAUUAUACAUCCCAAAUAUUUUACUUACAUUCAUGCAUAGUUCAAAAUGUUUCACAUUUUAAAACAAUCUAUAUGGAAAACA